AUGCACUUAUUGGCUUGUUCCCCACUGCAACCCCCCGCCCGCCCCUUCGCCCCCUCCGUCCUUUUCCCCAACCCUCCUUUCCCUUACAGCCCCUUUUGGCCCAGAAAAGAUCUCGUGAUUCGAACCUACCUCUCUGAAAAGAUCUUCUUGCUCUACUCUCUGCUGACGUCAGUGGAGCUGAUGUGGCCGCGCGGGAUUGGCCGCGUGGUGGUCGUGCUGGAUGAGGGGGAUGACGUGGCAAUGCACCUUAUGCCGCCCUGGGUGCAGGUGAAAUACGAGCGCAAUUACCUGAAGCUUCCUGGGAAGAUUCUCCAGCAGUGGAGCUACGGCUGGGUGGACAACUACACAUUGGCGCCCUUUGUCGCCAUUGCAGACGAUGACAUCAUCUUCAACCUCAAGGUCACGCCGUUUCUCCUAUUCAACCUCUCAGACCCAUCCCAAGGCCGGCCCUACCUGAUAGGCAGCAAGGACCAAGGCUACCACCGCCCCUCCACCGACUUCCUCCUGGGUCGCCGCGCCUAUGCCGGCAACUUCAUGGUUCAGCUGCCGCUGCUGCUUCCGCGAGGGGCCGUGAGGGGGUAUAGAGAAGCGGUGGGGGCGGCCCACCCUAAGAUGGCAGGGGGGUAUGAUGAGGCUGUGCAGUGGUGGGCGGAGCAUGGCGGGCAGUACCGGGAUCAGAUUGCCCACACUGUGAUGGGGAACUACCUGUGGAACAAUGAGAGGGAUAAGAUGGAAUUCGCAUUGGAGUGGACGGACCACACGCCCAUCCCACGAGUGGGCGUGCAUCUGCCCUACACCAACCUCUUCAAGGACCUCGGGGGCUCACCGGUUGACCCGGGCUCCAAGCUCAACCUCUCCUUUGUGCAGACGGCUGCACACUACCAGCGAGAAACCAUCUGCCACUCCCUGCCACCAGGUGAACUCGAAGGGUGUGAGGGGGUGCAGCCGCAGACACACAUCUGGCGCUACGCAUGGGACAGGCAGCGGUGGAGGCAGCUCAGGAAGAGGGGCGCCGGCACGCAAAUAUACGACAGGCACAUUCGAGAGUUGCACUGUAUUUACCAGGGUAUGGCGAGGCUCGUGGGGGAUGGAGGAGUGGGGAGCGGUGGGGAUGGGGAAGAGGAUGGUAGGUCGGUGGUGUUGGUGGAAGAGGCGGUUGAUUCGAGCACCAGUAAUGCUCGUCACCGUGGCGAACACACGCGCGAGCAUGCGACGCGGGGGGACGUGAAGGGCGGGCGCGGCGGAGUGGGAACGCGGAACUCGUGUGGCGCUGCUGCCGGAGGGAGCGGGAGUGCCGCUUGCGGAAACUCUGGGGGAGGGGGUGGUCCUCGCUCGCCGCGGCAAGACAGCGGCCGACAGGAGAAUCGAUUUAAGAGCCGUGAUGCCGAUGACGCGGAGAGGGAGCGGCGAGCGAAGAAGGUGGAGAGAUCAGUGGGUGGUUAUGGUGCUGGUCGUGCGGAUUCGGAUGCGAGAUUAUUGUCCAAGCCUGCUCUAGCCUCCUCUGGUGAGCGACCUCUGCCGGCGCAUCAUGACGAUGAAUUUGAGUCAGACUCGGGCCAUCAUACGCCGGCAAAGGACAUGUCGCAGCUGUCGCACAUGGGUGUGCGACGAGAGGAGGGCAGCCCGGUCUCGGUGCUAGAUGUGGGCAUGCGACGAAGCGACGAGAGCGAUUCCGAAGGCAACAGUGGCGAAUUAUUCGCUGAUCGCUCCGUCAAUUCCGUCUCAGUGUGCUACCCAGACGCGACCGUUGCACUACGGCAGCCGUCGCCCGCGUCGCUCGCGUCGCCCAGCCAACAUGGCGACGUCGCCAUGGACCUCCUCCGCCUGUCGCCGCAAGACAUCGUCGGUGACGUGGCAGGCAUGGAGCAGGACCUCGAGUACGUGCGCCACGUGCUCCUCAUCUCCGGAUUUGGCGGACCGUCUCUACCGCCCAUCUUCUCGCGCAACCUCCCGAUAAACCCGGUGGUUUUCGAGCAGCUGGAGUUUGAGAUCACGGGACAGUUGUCCCAACACUUUCCGUCCUCGUUAUCAGCGUCCUCGUUAUCGAGUACAAGCCCUUCGAUGAUAGGCCUAACAAGCCCAGUUGCUUCUUCCAACGUCGGAGCAGCAACAGGCGCGUCUGCUGGUGCAGUUGGCGCGGGGAUUUCGCGCUCGCCGUCUCCGUCGCUCUUUCCGCUCCCCAGCUUCGCCGUCGGCGCGCAGAACACGUCGGAGGAGCGCCGCCAGCGCAUGCUGCUCUUCGACGCGGUCAACGAGGCGCUCGGCCGCACGCUCGCGCCUCAUCUGGAAGAGCUUCAAGCGCGAGAUGAGAACAAGCGAGACGCGAAUAAUCGCGGUUCGGGUCGCCCGUCGCAGCUAUUCGCGGAUACUACUAAUACUGGGAGUGGAAAUAACGACUUCGGCCUGUGGGGAUUGGAUAACGGCGCGUCUUUUUUCGCCUCGUGCUGUUCCGCCUCGCGCAAGCCCGCCCUUCUCCGCCCGCGCCCCAUCGGCCGCCAGCUGCUGCAGCGCGUGUGGGCGGAGGUGCACAGCUGGCCGGUUGCGCCGUCGGAUGACGUGUACGACAUUCUGGAUGACGCGGCGAGGAGGGAUAUGGUGCGCGGAACCGAGCGCUGGUCCGCGGAAGAAGUGGCAGCUGCGGAAGUUCCGCAGGUAGUGUUUGCGCUGGAAUCCGCGGUGCUGGAGCGCGCGCUGGAGGAGAUUUGCCGCGAGUUUGCGGAAGUGGAGGAGGAGCGCACGCUGUCGCGGCAGCGGAGGCUGAGCGCGAAUGGUGCCGCGGAGGGGGUGUGCGCGGGGAAAGCUAGUGUGGGAGGGCUGCGGAAAGGUGGGGGUGGGAACGAGAGAAGGUGGCUGCCGAGAAGGUUAAAUUUCUGA